UUAGUAGGCGAAAUUUUCAAUAUUUUGGUUUUUAUUCAAAAAAAUAUUGUUUAAUAUGAAAAUUAACGAAAAGAAUCUUUGUGCUUACGCUGUAUCUGCAACUCCGAUAGAUAAGGAGGGAUAUUUGAGUAAAAAGGGCGAAGUCAAUAAAGCAUUUCAAAAAAGGUAUUUUGUAUUGAAAGGAAAUUUAUUAUUCUAUUUCGACAAAAAAGGGGACAAGGAACCACUUGGUGUUAUAAUUUUGGAGGGUUGUACUUUAGAAUUGAUCGAUGAUGAAGAACAGUUCUGUUUCAAAAUUGAUUUUCAUGGAUCAACUAAUAGAUGUUACAUUCUGGGAACUGAUUCUCAGGAAUCAAUGGAGCAAUGGAUGAAAGCUCUAGCUUGUUCUAGUUAUGAUUAUAUGAAGUUAAUGGUUGCAGAAUUACAGAAGCAGCUGGAUGAUAUUGAAGAAACUCCUUUAAGUGAACCUCAGCAUAGUGCUUCACCCAAACCUCCUCCUAGGCAUCGACAUAAUCCUUUUGAUAGAGUGGAAAACUUCUCAAACAGUAAUUCACAUUCAACACACACAACAGCGAAACAAGAAACAAAUUAUAGCAUCCAACCUAGUACCUCACAAAUAAGAAUUUCCUUCAAAGAGCUUCAUAAUUCCUAUGGACGAAAAAUAAUAUUGGAUUAUAACAUGUGGAAUCAAAAACGGAGACUUGUGAAGGAAAAAGAAGAAGAGAACCUAAUUAGUUUCUAGGAUAUUGAGAAAAUUUAUUGAAUGAAUGAAAAAAAAGAACAUAAAGUAUUUAUUAUUAUUUAUUGUUUAUUGAUGACUUGUUUAGAAUAGUUAGAAUUGAAUAUUAUUUGAUAUUAAUUUCCAAACCAACUGAUUUAUUAUAAUAAAUUAAGAGAAAUUGGACUCUUCAA